ACAGGCAAAUCCGUCUUUUUCCUCGGAGCGACUGGCUACAUCGGAGGCUCGGUCCUCUCCAAGCUCCUCUCCCUCCCCACUCCUCCCUCAAGUAUCACCUGCCUCGUCCGGUCCGCCGAUAAGGCCCCGCUGUUCGACCAGCUCUCCCUGCCCUCCGGCACGACCCUCAAGGUCCUCCAGGGCUCGCUGGAGGAGCACGACAAGCUCAUCAAGGCGGCAGAGGAGCACGAGGUGAUCGUCAACACUGCGAACGCGGAUGCGCUGGACAGCAUCAAGGCGUUGAUGCAGGGGAUGAAGAACCGGAGGGAGAAGACGGGACACAGGAGCUUGUUUAUCCAGACGAGCGGGACGGGCGUUAUGGUUGAUCAGGCCAAGGGAGAGUAUCCUACCGACGUGACAUACACCGACCUCAACCCUAUGCCCAAGACACGAGACGAUCCUGCGCUUCUGUCGAUGGAGGAGAUCCCGUCGUCUGCCCCGCACCGGGAGGUCGACAUUGCCAUCAACGAGGGCGAUGCCAAGGGAGACUUCAAGAGCUACAUCAUCCUUCCUUCGACGAUCUGGGGUCAGGCCAAGGGGGAGAUCUACGACAAGGGGAUCUCCAACAGCUUCUCGGACCAGAUGCCUACGCUUUCUAGGAUCGCUCUGGACCGAGGUGUCGCCGGCAUGGUCGGAAAGGGCGCAAACAUUUGGCCUCACGUCAACAUCAGCGACAUCGCCGACCUCUUUGCGCUCGUAUACCAACGCUCGCAGAAGGGCGACAUCGGACACGGCAAGUCCGGAUACUACCUCGGCAUUUCGGGCGAGUACACCCUUCUCGCUGCCGUUCAAGCGAUCGGGCAAGCGCUUGUCGAGAACAAGUUUAGCGACAAGUCACAGCCGACCACGCUGUCAGAGGAGGAGAUGAAGAAGUAUUAUGGCGGGAGCUAUUAUAUGGGCGGGAACUCGAGAGGACGGGCGGAUCGGAGUAAGAGUAUUGGGUGGAGGCCCAAGUACACGGAUGAGAGGGACUUUUUGAGGGUCGUUAGGGAGGAGACGGUGAGGUGUGAAAAGGUGUUUGGGAGGAAGCUGGAGGAGGCGACCAAGAAGGUCUACUAG